CAGCGCCCGCUCCCUCGCAGCCCCCGCCGCGCCGCCAGGAUGAUGUGUGGAGGGCCUUCCGCCACGCAGCCCGCCACGGCCGAGACCCAGCACAUCGCCGACCAGGUGAAGUCCCAGCUGGAGGAGAAGGAGAACCACAGGUACAGCGAGUUCAAGGCCGUGUCCUUCAAGAGCCAGGUGGUCGCAGGGACCAACUACUUCAUCAAGGUGCAUGUGGGCGACGGCAGCUUCGUGCACCUGCGUGUGUUCAAGAGCCUUCCUCAUGAGAACCGGCCCCUGGCCCUGUCUGACUACCAGGUCAACAAGGCCGAGCAGGAUGAGCUCACCUACUUCUAGUCCCUGCGGCAGGGCCCAUGCCGGACGUGAACCUGCC